AUGAGUGCUCCGUUAAUCCCAAACAAGUCAUGUUAUGCCCAGCUUCAGGACAACCGCAGCGAAAUAAAAAAUAAUAAUGAAAGCAUAGUAUGUAUGGGGGAUACCAAUGCCAACCAAAUUGUAACAAAAGUUAGAACCUCUGAAGGGGAUGUUAAGAAACGUGCUUUGACAGAUGAGAGUGGGAAUAUACACUCUGGAGGAUCAGAGAAAGUUGCUCAUCUGAAUACAGAGCAGAAUAAACUUCUGACCUUCAAAGACUCUCGCACCUGUCACACCAGUGUACAGGAAAGUAAGCUGCCCUCCACCACAAGCAGGGAAAUGGGGAAAGAUUGUAGGACCAGUGAAGCUAAGAAUAUAUCAAGGCAUAUCAGGAUUAGCCGAGGACAAAGUCUGUCCAAUUUAAAAAGCAGCACAAAUGAUGCCAACCUGGAGGUUAUUUCCAAAGGUGAUGUUGACUUCACCCAGAACUUUUCUAAGGGUAAAAUGCCCAGAACGGUGGAGAUGGAGAGAAUAAAAAGGCUUUCUUUGGGAAGACCAAGUAAAUUUUCUCCUCAGCCUGAAACAUUUGCAAAAGACUGUGUUGGCCCUGUGUCAUGUAAACGUCUGCUUUCUGCAUCAUUGGACUCCAUCGACAGGUCACACCAUUUGAUAGGAAGUACAGAGAAAUCACAAAAAACAUCGACAGAUCACUUUCUUGGGAUGGUGUUUCAUCCACUUGACAAUACCUCAGAGGAAAAUAUUGUGUUUUAUUCCAAACCAUCUACCUCAGGGAACAAGAAAAUAAGUAAACCAGAAAAUGUACCAAAUGUUAAUGUUGAAAGCACACUGCAUACUUCUCAUUCUCAACAUUCAGCUGUUAAGCCCAAUGAGAUUGCUAGUAAAUCAGAAGCACAAUUAGGCCAGGGUGAUAAAAGUAAAAAACUGGAGCUUAAGACUGCACCAUCUCUACAGUCUAAAAAUGCGUGUCAACAAAAGAUUGAGAGAAUUAUGCUGGUAGAGUUCCUGGGAUGUCAAGAAGAUGAAAAUACAGCAACGCAGGAACAGAAAGGCUCUGGGUCUGAUGCAUCAAAAUUUCAAGCAUCCCAUUUUCCAGACACCUGUAAUAAAGUAGAGGAUCCAUUGUCAAGCCAGGUGGUAACCUAUCCUGAUGACACAUUACUAAGUGAUAACGUCACCAUCGGUGGGGAAGGGAGAGGAAGCAAUGACAGUGACAAUGGGACAACUAGCCAGGUUGGUGAGGAAUAUUUUACUGACAAAGAAGUGGAAACAAUAUUCCCUCUCACCUGCAACAGUAAAUCCAGUGGCAAAGUGACACCUAGAAAAAAAGAGAAUUUACAUGAAGUUGACACAGGUUGUGCUGAAACAGUUAGUGAAGAGAUAUCUCUUAUACAAAACAUUAAUCUACCUGACAGCAAACCUUUGAAAGUUAAUGAGAGUAAACUGACGCUAGUCAAAGGAAACACCGAGGAUGCUGCCGUGGCUGCUUCUGAUCUCUCAGAUCAGCGCAGAGCGUGCAGUGCAGAGACAGUGUCAAACCAACAACCUGACAACCACGACAGUGAUUCGGAAACCUCGAGCUUUUCAGUUCCAAGUAAAAAGACAGCUAAUGCACAGAAACAUCCUCCAGAGGAAGCAGCAGAGAGCUGUAACAUUUCAGCAAAGGCUGAUGCCGCCCUUUUAUGUGUCCCAACUCUUGUGCACCCGGUGGCAACGCUGGAUGUUAAUAGUCAGCCCAUGCUAUCAAAUAAUAAUUUGAAGGACCUUUAUACACUUAAUGUUGACAAACUGUCACCCUCCUCAGUCCUACCUCCCAUUGACAGUACGCAGUUGUUAAAUGUAUCCCCUAAAGUGCCUAUCAAGACUGCUUGCAGCAGCGCCAUCCCAAAACCUAUCCUGGUCCACUCCAAGGGCUCCCUUGCAGAUAAGGUGGAUGUGGACAGUGACUGCAGUGAAAAGCUGGAAGAAAGCAUCGAGAUGAAACCUGCCAUACCCAGGCCCAAACCUGUGAGACCUAAAAUCAUCACAUACAUUAGGAGAAACCCUCGUUCGAUAGAGCAGCUCGACCCUUCGUUUGCGCCGUCGGGGCUGCCCUUCGGUAGCCCUGCGUGUGGCUUGCCCAUCUCUACAGAGCAGAAGGUGUCUAACGGAGGGGAGGCGAAGCCCCCCAGCAUCCUGUAUGACAAAUUUAAACCUGACCUCCAGAAGCCAAGACUCUUCAGUUCUGGUGUGGUGGUGUCAGGAAUUCGGCCCCCGGGACAUCACUUUGGUCCAAUGAGCGAGAAGUUUCUGCAGGAGGUUGGGGAAAGGCCUCCAAAAGAUGAGUUUUGCCCUCCACCGUAUACUCACUACGAGGUCCCACCAAGUUUUUAUCGAUCUGCCAUGAUCCUCAAACCACAGUUAGGACUGGGUGCAGUGUCCAGGUUACCAUCUGCAAAAAGCAGGAUUCUCAUUGCAAGUCAAAGAUCCUCAGGUAGCUGUCUCCAUCAGCAAGGAGAAAUAACGAGUGCUCCCAGCCUCUAUCAUCCUGACGCUUCAGUUGAUCUUAAGAAAGGCUCAUGUCCAAGUGCUGCAAAGUCAAAUCUCCCUAAGCCGUGCCAGUCUGGACUUCGUCCUCCAGGUUAUUCACGGUUGCCAGCAGCUAAGCUGGCCGCUUUUGGUUUUGUCAGGAGUUCAAGCGUAUCCUCUGUCUCCAGCAACCAGUCAAAUGACAGUGCUCAGAGUGAUCAAAGCAGGACAACCAACCGUUCCAGCUUUGGAAAUGAAGAGCAAACCACUCCUAAGGCAUCUGCACCUUCUAAAGACGUCCCCAAGGGAGGGGGCAAGAGCACGACUCAGGUAUCGAGCAGCACAGCGACUCCACGCAGGAGCUUACUUCCAGCGCCGAAAACUGCCACAGGACCUGCUGGUCUGAAGAAAGAAGUACAGAAAGAUCAGGAUGCUAAUAAACCAGCUGUCUCAUCCCCUAAGAGAUCAGUGGUAACAGCCACCAAGCUCCAUUCACCAGGACAUCCCAAGCAAAGGCCAACCACCCCAAAAAAUGGAUUCUCCCCCAAACCAGGAGACAGUCGAGACACUGAAAAGCAGUUCGUUCAGAAAUUGAAGGAAAAGUGUGAUGAGCAGUCCCAGCAAUUAAGCAAUAUUCGAGAUGAGCUUAAAAGGGCCAGCUAUGGCUUUGAUGUCUUUGCUAUAACGACACAGCACUUUUUCAGGCAGAAUGAAAAUGCCCUUGUGAAAAUAAAGGAGUUAGGAGUCGAGCUUGCAAAGAUCAGAGAUGAAGUUGCCCUCAACACAGCGAGAUGGAAGAAACUACAGAGUGAGAAGGAGGAGCUGGAGAGGCGCUUUGAGAAGGAGGUGAAGCAGCUUCGCAGGCAGCAGCAGGAGGAGCUGCAGGCUCUGGAGCAGCGGCUACAGGAGGAGUACAACAGCAAGAAGGAGAGCCUGCAGGAGCAGCACAGGUUGCAGCUGGAGCAAGUCAAAUUGCAGCAUCAGGAUCAGGUGGAAGAUAUCACAGCUGUACACGAAGCUGCAAUGUUACAGUUGGAAAAUAACCACAUAGUUGCCAUUACAGUACUGCAGGAUGAGAAUGACUGCAAGAUUCGAGAACUGAACACUGCUCACAAACUGGAAAAGGCACAAUUAGAAGAGAAUUUUGAAAAACUGCGGCUGUCACUCCAGGACCAGAUAGACACCCUCACCUUCCAGAACCAAUCUCUUAAGGCCAAAGCAGACCGAUUUGAAGAGGCUCUGAAGAAAAACACUGAGGAACAACUGAAGAUUGUACGAGCUCCAUAUCUGCACUUAGAAAAAGAUCUGAAGAGCUUAAAACAUGUUCUGGAAAUGAAGAACCAUCAGAUUCACCAACAGGAGAAGAUGAUUAUGGAGCUAGAAAAACAGGCUGAAAAAAAUUUAAAACUGGAAGAAAAAAUCACCGUGCUGCAACAGCAGAAUGAAGAACUCAGAGCCAGGAUUGAGCAAAAUACUGUCAUAACAAGGCAAUUGUCAGAGGAGAACGCUAAUCUUCAAGAAUACGUUGAGAAAGAAGUGGAGGAGAAGAAGAAGCUGAGCAGGACUAAUGAAGAGCUCCUCUGGAAGCUGCAGGAGGGAGAUGCCGUGAGCCCCGUGAAACUCCCACCCACAUCGUCCACUUCUUUUUAUCGCUGCUCAUCAGGGAACUCCUCUCCAGCAAAAGUCAGAACCUUGCGGCGAUGAUUCGGCACUUGCGCGCCGAAGGUCCCCUGCCUCUUAUUAAUUUCCAAUCUGCUAAAUGUUACCAUCCAAGGAAGUAUUACCAUCAACAGGCGCACAGGGUUCGUGGCUGCAAGCAUGCUCGGUAGCUGCAUAGUUUUACAGUAGGCAGGGUACUCUUAUAGUCCCCAUAUAGGAGCUCUUGGUUCUGACAUGGUGAUUAGGGUAGCAAAAAAGAUAGCAAAAAGCUAGGACAGCAGGAAGUUAGGAUAGCAAAACGUUUAGUUUGGUGUGUUAACUUUUUAACUAUGGUUAGAGCCAAAAGUUGAAAAAUGCUAUAUUAAUGGUUCGUCAGAAUGAACUUUGCUGCAGUAUUUCAGGUUAGUUACAAAUACAGUUCAAUUUGUGAAUAUUUCUGUAUAUGUGUCUGUGUUUAUAUACAUGUAUGUAUUGUACCUUUAUACCUAUAUAUAGACGCACACACAUAUAUAUGUAGUUGAAGAUGUUCUGAAUUGCAUUUUUUAUAUUAUUGGAUACUACUGAGUGCUGAUAUAUUUUCAUUACAGUCAGCAGUUUUCUAACUUGUGCCUAAGACUUGUAUCUAAACAAAAUGCAUUUCUGUUUAGCCUCCCAGGAAUAUUUAUACCCAACCUAGAAGAAAGUUACACAGAAGUAGAAGCGCCUUCCAAAUGACCACCAAGUGGUACUCUAUGUAACAUGAACACCAGCGACUUUGAAAUUCUGAGACAGUACUGCCUUCAAAACCAUCACCUUUGCAAUGAACACCAGAUAAGAUACGCAUACCACUCACUGCUUUUUAACUCUUGUCAUCGAUUUUGUAAGUGGAGGUAGGCUAGCAAUGAGAAACCUGAGGGUUUUAGCAAAUUUGAUAGAGGUUACUGGUUAACGUGUUUCAAUUGUAGUGUCUUUAAAUCCUAGUUAGAUAUUAUCUUUUUUGACCUUGUGCUGGUUUGGAUACAAUCAAAACCUCUGGUUGCAGGUUCCUGUCCAUUUUGAUUUAUUUCAAGUCCCCUAAGCAAGAAGGAGAAAAUAAGUUCUUCCUCCUUGACCUUUGCUGGCCAAGAGGUUUCUAGUAUUAGGGUGAGAUAUGGGGCACCUGCUAGGGCUUUAGCCUCAUCUCGUCUGUAACACCAAAUAGAGCACAGAGGACUACAUGGGCGCAAAUGAGGUCAGAAUUUCUUUCCUUCCACAUAUAUACAUUAUUUCACAUUGCUAAAGCUUACCAAAAGUUACAGAGCACUUUUAAGAUUAAUGGAAAAGAGUGGCUAAACUACCUUUAACUUCCCUGCCUGCCUAGAAGCAAAAAAAUUCACCCAGGCUUGGGGUGACCCCCACCCAAGGGGGCAGCAAGGCUGAGGAGCAGCUGGGGUGGGAUGGGCUGCAGGGCCCUUGUGGACACUGCUAGCAAGAAAAAAAAAAUCCCUGAGCAUAAUUUAAAAUAAAGAGAUCUGUGGGAUGCUUUUCUAUCCAGCUUAGGGCAAAGAGCCUGUGUGCAUUCCUACUCAGAGCACCAAGGUCAUAGUAAGUGGGAAACGGUACGUGCAGCAAAUCCGUG